AUCUGUAACGUUUGCAUUCAACGGGAGCACUAGAGGGCGAAAACUUUCAAACGUAAUUAUAGGACGUAUUAAGCGCUUGAACAAACAACAUAUUUGGUCGUAUGAGUUGGAGGACUUGUUGAAAUAUUUGUAGAUAAAUAUGGGGCAGACAGAACAUGAGGAAAGUGUGAAAAGCAUGAAUUACAAAGAAUUACAAAACUCGACAAGGUCGUGUCAUAUAACAAGUUUAUUGCCAAACUGUAUCAUUUUCUAAAAAAGGCAAGCACUCAGCACUGAAAAGUAAUAUAAGACAACCAAUAGUGCUCCAAACAAGGCCAAAACACUCUAUCCAAACUGUAGAUGCUGCAAUAGAAGACAAAGUUAAAUAAUUUAAGUGAUAAAGAUGGUCUAAAAUGUAAUACAUAAAGGGAACCCGUUUGGAAAAUAAUUACUACAUAAUCUCAAGGCUUGCUUUAAAGCCAAAAGUUAUAUGAAAUAGUCUACAUAAAGCGCUGAUAAAACUACUGUCUUAUCUGACAUGCAGCCGAAAAGGACAAACCUUGGUAACACAGUUUGUCCAUCCCAUGUGUUCUUCUGUUUACUCAUGAAGUCACAUUUUUUAGUCAGUUAACAAUUUCCCAGAGAUUUGCCGUCUCUCCUUACCCCUUCGGGCUUUCCAAUAUGGAAAUAACAGGUUCUUUCAAGCAUUAACUUAUGAGUUACAAAGUAACCUGUAGGGAGAGUUGCCAUAGAAACCUAGCUCAUUAUAAUGAAGUCAAGUAUGAAGGCAGCGCUGAAGUACACACCUACUCCUUUAAGCACUACCAAAAGUGUUUUUUGCGGUUUUACUUUGACAGAGAUGCGUCGGGACAAACAAUCAUUUUGCCAGCAGGGGAGAUGUGAGGACCACCAGGCUUGUUUUAAUGUUAUACAUUAAGUUAUUCUGUUAUUGAUGUCUUUAAAAGAAGAGCCAAACAAUUCUUAGGGAAUUAACAAGUUUGGAAAAAUUCAACAAAAACGGUGGACCUACAGUUACAGAACCUGCAUUUCUGACGAGAAGACUUUAAAAAGGUGAGAUUAGUAUUAGUAAAGACUAAACUAAACCUGAAGAAAGAUAAACUAACUUUGAACUUUCUUGUGCUAGAGUAGAAUUUAGUAUCUUGGCUUGACAGCAUUAGGACAAGGGGCAAGUCAAUGGGCUCUACAGGCUCCAGACCCAAGCUGUUUAAAGUGGCUCCGUGUAAUAGCCUGCAGGAGGGGGCACAGCCUGAACCACAAUGGACCGUCCCCGCUCUGCCCGUCAGUGUGGAGCAGCCAUCAGGAUCUCUGGCACAGAAAAAGAAAACCUUACCUCCACUGAGACAGGAAAUAACUCUUUCCACACUCUCAGGAAACAUCCCAUCAAAGCAAAGUAACAAUUCAAGCAUCAUUCACUCACAUCCACCCCGAAGAAUGCAGACACUCCAACCACUGGCCCUGCAAAUUGGGCACACAAGCAUUGCCACUCAAAUUGCCAUGGGCAGGGAUUGCAGAGAUGGGGGUGUCCCCCUGUCUUCUACAAUCGGCCAGACAGGAAGCUGUGGCACCAGCAGAAUGAUUCAGGGAGGAUUUCUGGAGGCCCAAACAGCUCUCACCCAACAGGCUCAUCGGCAGCGGCGAGCUCACCACCGACAGGCCAGAGAGCAGAGAAGACAUAAGGUCGUCUACUCAGUUAACGUUGAAGGUCCAAAUACAGAGGGCAUCCAGAGGCUGAAACUGGUGAGGAGUCCCACAGAGAGGGACAUCUUCUGGGACGAGACCACAGGAGAAAGGCUGGAUCCCAACUGCCUUCUAGACCCAACCUUUCUACGUCACCUUUGUGAAGGGAGACAGCGAAACCAGCCGAACAAAGAAGAUGGGAUCCAGGGAGAGAGAGGUCCCAGAAACAGAGGAAAAGAAUGAACACACUGGACAGAGAUGCCCAUAUAUAGACAAAAACAUAUUAUGGACAAACGAAAGGGAAAUAGUGGGAAUAGAAGACAGGGACACCACCCAGAGGGAUGGUUAUGUGGUCUGAAUCUGCCAGAAGCUGUCAGACAGCAAGGACAAGAGGUGCAAGAGGGAUCUGGUACAAUAAGCCAUAAACACCUUGCAAUAUAAAGAAAACUCUUGAUGUUCUGGGGAUACUUCCUUCAUGGCUGAGUUUAUGAUGCCCUCUAUGGGUGAAAGCAGUGAGAACACUUACAGUCAGGCUCAUUUUACCUACCAUGUUGAUAGCAAACAUUUUACAUUAAGUUCAAAGAGUUGGGAUUCAAAUCAGCCAGCUUUGAAGCUUCUUUUCUACUGGGCUUUUGUUAUAGAAAUUAGCACAACAUAUUUGUACAAAGAUAUCCCAUUAUUUAAACAGAUCUGCAGCUCUUGAACAAUAAUUAUAAUGAAAACAGUAAACUGCUAAUUGGACCAUCAUUCUUCAAGUGGUCUCCCUGAGGCCGGCUCUUAGCGGGUUUAGAGAGGUGGAGAGGAGCUGGACUCCCACCAAACACCUGGCCGCAGCGGCCGACUAAAUCCUGUUCCUCAGGCACAGUGCGUUAGAGGAACACUGCUGGGAUCACAGUGCUCAGCAGGGGGCUGGACGGGAAUUAAACAGGCUAAGAUUAUCUGGUGGUGGCUGACUAGAACUAUUUGAAUAGAUGAAAUAAGCAUUUAACUGUAUUAAAGAAAUCAAAGGCUUACAUUACCUUUAUUACUCAA